AUGCCAACUCUUGCACCAGAGCUGAACUUUCUGGUGGAAUUUGCAGGCAAAAAUAGGCUCUGGGUUAUAACAGCCUCCUCCCCUAAUGACAACUAUCUGCGCAUGAUGGAAAAACAGCUGGACGACAUGGAACAGGCAGGUUUGAACUGUCAUCUUGCGAAGAGAGACACUUAUAUUAUAAUAAUAAUUCAAAAUGCCAUGAUGGAAGGUAGAAUACUGAAGACCACCAUGCACAGUCAGGCUUCAUGGGAAACGCUGGACCCAGACACCGUGAGCAGACUGCUGCAUUACCUGGAACUUACCGGAUAUGAUGAGUUCAUGAUGCUGGUGAUUAAAAAGAACCUAAGAAUAAGUGAUCGCUUUUCUAUUCCAGUCCGUGUUGAAGCCAUUCUCGAAAUAAUAGAUCAAUUGCCAAAGAGAAAGCUGGAAAAGAUGACCAGGAGAAGAGUGAGUUGUAUUAUCAAAAAGAAGAAAGUUAUGAUGAAAAGGAAGAAGGAAAAAACGGUGCUCAAUUUCCAGAGGCGUGGAAACGUAACGUCAGUGCUCGCACCACGAAGAAAACCUGCACUAGACAAAAAAGAGGCUCUCAAGAACAAGAUUCAGGACAUAUUGAAUGGGCGCUACAGAUAUGUCAUUCGUAAAGAGCCUUUGUCCACACAGCAACAGACACCAGGAGAGAAAAAUGGGUCUGUAAAACAAACAGACAGUCGAGCUUCAGUUAUAUCGAGCCAGGAGGAAAGAACGGAUAAAGUAGUUGCAAUGAAUCCCACAGAAGACAAGAACAUUUUGCAUGAAAUGAAUGCAAACAAUAAUGAGAAAGCAAGUUCAAAGAAAAAGGGCAAAGGAAAGAAGGGCAAGAAGAAAGGCAGAGGGAGAACGUCGAUCAGAGAAGUGAGCGACAGAGACCGUGCGAUACUGAAAGACUUUGUGAAUGCUUUGAAGGGAACGAGACGACUCAUGAUUAUUUCUUCCCCAAGUCAAGAUGCCAAACUGUUGACCCAACUGAAAGAGGAAAACGAGAAGCAUCAGUGUGACCUUGCCAUCAGGAAGAUCAGUGUGGCAACAAUAGUGGGGCAAGGAGAUGAUGCCACGCUCACCCUCGAGCAUUCCAACGCUGAGUCAAGUGCCCCCAUGAGUUCUUCAGAGCGGAUCACAGACACUCGUCUCAUUUCACUGCUUCGCACAGAGUUUGGCCUCUCAUCCUCUGACCUGUUCUCCAUGACCAUCACAGACUAUGAUAUCAAGCCCACUCGAGUCUUUGAGGCUCCACCAUCGACUCCUGCUUUGUUUGAGUUCAUUGAUAACUUCUCAUCAAGGCGUCCAGAAAAAGAGAUAGAGAGAAACACUGUUCCAGCCUGUGUUAGAAAAAAACAGCAACCAGAAAUGGAGAAUUCUCUACUAAGCAGGUUCAUGUCCAAGAGGAGGCUGCUGCUAGUUUCAGCUCCAUCUGAAGAGGACUACUCUUUUCAGCAGCAGCUCUCCGCUCUCAGCAGACAACAGUGUGCACUGGGCAUUAGACACUUUGCCAUGUUAAAGCUGACUGGAGCAGGGGACAAAUCUACAGGCACUGUGGAAAUGUUCCCAUUAAAUGGCCACAGCCAGAGUAAAGUGGAGCCCUUGCCCAAAGACACGGUGAAUAACCUGAGAGAGCAGCUGAAGAUCAAUAAGGACUACUUCAGCAUGCUUGUGGUUGGGAAGGACGGGGAUGUGAAGGCCUGGUUCACCUCCCCCUUAUGGUCCCUGGACAGUGUCUACGACCUGGUAGACUCCAUGGAGCAGCGUGUGCAGGAGGAGCGACUGCAGAGGAGUCUGGGAAUCCACUGUAGUGAGGACAAAGAGCCACGGGGUAGCGAGGGAAGGCACUACAGAUAUGAGACGGAGGGGGCGGAUGAAUACUCGUAUCAGGGACCAGAGCAAUGA